AUGCAGACCAUUGAGUACGAUCUGAACGUAUCCGGAGCAAAUCAACGCAUUGACGGCUCCGCCGACGAGCGACGAGUCGAGCCGUCGCCGCAAACUCAAGAAAUUCAAAUCAACGCAUUGACGGCUCCGCCGACGAGCGACGAGUCGAGCCGUCGCCGGAAACUCAAGAAAUCGAUGGCCAGACCAUCGCAGGCACCGCUGAGUAACGACACCAACAAUAACAGCAAUUAUGGCACCAAUCGGACCAUUCUUUCGCGUCAGACGAAGACCGGCAAAGCGCCGAAUCACGAGUACUGCGACUCCUGUCGAGAGGGCGGGGAUCUGUUGUGUUGCGACCGCUGUCCCAACGCUUUCCAUCUGCAGUGCCAUGACCCGCCUCUGGACGAGGAGGACGUGCCUCCGGGCGAGUGGUUGUGCCGUAAAUGCAAACAACUCGUGAAGCAAGAAGUGGACGAAUCAGAGGACGAGAGCGUCGGCGACGAUGAGAGCGAGGAUAUGGUGGACAACAAAGACAUUCAGAAGCCCUUCUCAUUGCUGAUACGGGCGGCGCAGACGUUGAACCCCAAGCAGUUCCAACUGCCCAACGAAAUGGUGCCAUCGAUUCAAUUGGUGGGCACAUCGAAGCGCGUGAACCACAGCCGCAACGGCCACAAGAAGCAGAUCCACGAGAUGGACAACAGUAUGGUUUCAUUUCCCGUCAAAUUGUGUUAUCAGUGCUCAAAGAGUUGCCGAAAGGCGCCACUCAUUCAAUGCGAUUACUGUCCGCUUCUGUUCCACGCGGACUGUCUCGAGCCGCCGAUGACUGUCCUUCCGAUGGGGCGCUGGAUGUGUCCGAACCACUCGCAGCACGUGAUCGAACAAAAACUCUUGAAUUCUGUGAGUUUGAGCGAACGGAUCAAACUCUGGGACCAGUUCUCGGGUCCCAUAUCUCAAGACACCAUUAAAUUAAAUUUCCUCAAGAAAGUGCACCGAACGGCCCCUCCCUUCAGGACGAAAGUACCCUUACCUCAGACUCAGCGCGUGGUUGUGCCCGAAGCCAUCAAACAGAUGUACAAAAGACGUCCUCCACUUCUGCCAAAUGUGAACCAAUUAUCCAUUUAUGACACCAAUUGUGGUUCGAGUGAAACGGAGAGCGAGUGCCUAAAGAGUCGUCAACACGAGAGACCCUCUGUUGAACAGCAGGAGGAAUGGCUCUCCAGUUUGAUUGCGUUCCAAUCGAGUGCUGCACAAUAUCUGAUGUCAACCAAAAGUAUGGACUCAAAGAGCAACUCAUGUCUGGCCAUCACAUCCGGCGCCGUCGCCGGCAAAGACUCUACCAAUGAGUUGACUCCGAAAGUCACUGAAAACUCUGUGAAAUUUAAUUCUCAAUCUUCAAUGAACGGUCCGAUAGACCACUCAUCCGAAGACACCAACUCUCUGACAAAAAAGGACACCAAAAGUGAUAUCAAAGAGAUAGUGACCACUCAAAUGAAUGGCGAGAAGUCGUGUUCAUCGCCCAUAUCUUCUCCCGACAAACGAAUCUCAAUUCAAAGCAAUUACUUGAAUGCAAACAUUGAGACGAUUGCAGACAUCAAUCGAUUGGACGACAAUUUGGUGCGGAUUUUAGCUCUUCAGCGGAUACAGCAGUUGAACAACAAGUCUAAUGAAAGCAAUCAUAAUAUGGUUGUCAGCGGAACCAGUAGUGGACAGCAGAUGAACACAAUGUCUUCAUUUCACACAACUAUUAGACGAAUCGGUUUGAAUGACGUGAAGGCGCGGGCGGUGUUGUGUCCCAUUGUCAUCAAGUCGAGCACCGGGGGCUCGUCCAGCGGUCCCACAAUCGCUAUGUCGUACCGAACGCUGACUAUUGGCACGAGUAGUGAGAAUGAUGUGGUUUUAGGUGAUUACGGGCACUGCAACUAUGUCUCACCCAAACAUGUGGCCAUUUUCUACGAUGAGACAUCUCGCAACUAUGAACUGAUCAACUAUUCAGAACACGGGACUACUGUCGACAAUGUGUUGUAUUCGUGUGACUUCUCCGACAAGAGAGUGCAUAACACGAGGCACACCAACUCGCAGACAGUGUCGGCCGUCAAAGACAUCAUUGAGACGUCGAAACAACGCAAACGAAAGUCUUUGGCCAACAAGAGAGUGAAGGGCUUGGCGACGACGGGCCGGGAGCCGAGUCCCGAGAAACUGAAGCCAAAGCGCAGAAAAUCGAUUAAAAGCGAAGACUCGGAAGAAAACGCACAAAAGAGCAACGAAUUUAAGUCCAAUAAAAUUGUCUUCAGAAAGGAUUACGACUCGGAGAACGUGGAACGGGUGUCCACUCACACCCAACCGCCCCUCACGAUGAGCGCCCGCUCGGGACACCAGCACAAGCCGUGCGCCUGUAAGUCGAGCUGUUCGUCGCUGAUUGGGCCCAACGGCGCCGGUUGGGAGGGCACGGCUCUCCUCCAUCACGGCUCACACCUCAAGAUCGGAUGCAAGGAAUUCAUAUUCAGUAUCACAAACCAUGGCAUCACUCAACCCAAUGCCAACACCAAUCAGUCGGCCCCUCACUCAGCCAUCAAAAGUCCCGUCAAAUGCGAGUCGUCUUCGAGUUAAUGGCUUUUAUUUUCGGUUUUUGUUGUAUUUCUUAAUUAGACAGCGCCUGCCAUUCAACACAUUUCUCUAAUUACAGUGUUUUAGUAUUUAGACAAUUGUUGUCGAGAUGUGUGGAAAUGGAAAGCAAUGCUGAACUCAAAUCAAAUUACUUUUUUGUCGCAACAACUAGUCUUCGGUUAUAAAUUCAUUAGAAAUACAAAACAUUGUGACAAACGACACCAUAAGACUCAUUCAGAUUGUAUUCACCACACGAUUAAUAGAUUGAUUAAAUUUUUCUGUUUUGACUGAAAAUCUAUAAAUUCGAGACAAACCGUUGAGAAUAUAUUUGGGAAACUAAUUGUAAAUAAUUUUUAUCUAUUUGUUGUACAAAAAUAUCUUAUGCAUCAUGAGUUUCACUGACAAAUGCCAUC